AUGCCGGGUCUGGCGGCCGCAAGCCCUGCCCCUCCUGAGACGCAGGAGAAGAAGCCGCUGAAGCCCUGCUGCGCCUGCCCGGAGACCAAGAAGGCGCGCGAUGCGUGCAUUAUUGAGAAAGGAGAAGAGCACUGUGGACACCUAAUUGAGGCCCACAAGGAGUGCAUGAGAGCCCUGGGAUUUAAGAUAUGA